ACUACCCAUGACGCUCUUUUGAUCUUUGAAUGUGUUCGACGAGGGGUGAUGCCCAAAGUCAAGAGGAGGUUACGUGAUGAUGAGCGAAAGCUGAUAAAGAGCGGACAAGUGUUUGUAUUCGAUGAGAAAGAGAGCGGAAUAAAAAGAUGGACCGAUGGGCUUCUAUGGAGUCCAAGCCGAAUUUUGUUCAACUUUCUCGUUUAUCGUCAAGUGGAGAAGAAAGCAAAUACAAACACAACAGCAGCAAGACCUGGAUCUCAACAAGAUAUCAGCUCACCUUCUAUUACACAAAAUCCUAGCUCAAGCGGAUCAACAGAGCAUCUCAAUCCACUUGCUUUGGGUCAAAAUGAUGCAAGGACUGAUAGAAGUUUGGUAGGAAGCCUAACAACUUCUUAUCCUUUCGCUAAAGGCGGUUUGUGCAAGAAAACUAUUUCCAUUCAGGUAGAAAAUUCGACACAACAUUUGAUUUCCUAUUACACAGUAGAAGAUGUUCGUUCAGGACGAUUACGAACGCCCUCUUCUUUACCUGAGAUUGCAUCUUUGGCUAUCUCGCCAAUCUUUUUGACGAAAACUUCUUUUCGUUUUCCACCCUCGAUACGAUAUGGUUUAGAUGGAAUACCGCGAUUCGAUGGAGAA